AGCGGCGGCCAUCUUUGAGGACCAUUCAGCAGGAACUGACGAGGCGUCGGCCACGCGCAGCUCCUUUGCAGCGACGCAGGGGGGGACGAACACGUCGGCUCGCAGCUCGAGGCGCGCAGACAUCUCCUCUUCGGGACUGACCGCGAACCGCCGGGCGCCACAGCAGCCUUCCCAGUGUCCCCAGUAGGACCCGUGAUUCCCAGUUGGUGAAGAACACCAUCAGGACACACAGGAGCCAUGGCAGACGACGCGGAUAUGCGCAAUGAGUUGUCGGACAUGCAGCAACGUGCGGACCAGCUGGCCGAUGAGUCACUGGAAAGCACCCGCCGUAUGCUGCAGCUGGUAGAGGAGAGUAAAGAUGCUGGUAUCAGGACUUUGGUUAUGCUGGAUGAGCAGGGAGAACAACUCGAUCGUGUUGAAGAUGGCAUGAACCAUAUCAACCAAGACAUGAAGGAGGCCGAGAAAAAUUUAAAAGAUUUAGGGAAAUGCUGUGGCCUUUUCAUAUGUCCUUGUAACAAACUGAAGGGUGGCGGAGGCAAGGCCUGGGGCAACAAUCAGGAUGGAGUGGUGGCUAGCCAGCCUGCCCGCGUGGUGGACGAGCGUGAGCAGAUGGCCAUCAGCGGAGGCUUCAUCCGCAGGGUAACGGAUGACGCCCGGGAAAAUGAGAUGGAUGAGAACCUGGAACAGGUGGGCGGCAUCAUUGGCAACCUGCGCCACAUGGCCUUGGACAUGGGCAACGAGAUUGAUACCCAGAACCGCCAGAUUGACCGGAUCAUGGAGAAGGCUGACUCCAACAAGACCAGGAUUGAUGAAGCCAACCAACGGGCCACAAAGAUGCUGGGCAGUGGCUAAGCAGCUAGUGCACACUAUUUCAUUAUCUGUGCUGCUCGCUGAGCAGUGCAAAACAUGCUUUUAUCUUGGUAUUUACCUACUAGGUUUGCACACAUGCACAUAUCAAACCCUUCCCAUUGUAAAUGUUGUUCUGUGUCGUCUGUCUGCUUUUUAAAUAAUUGUCCUCGUAAAAAAAAGAAAAUUCUUUUGCUCCUUGUCUUUCUUUCCAAAGGUUGUAUAUAGCGCUGAUUUGAUGGCACCUGCUCACUUGUGAUGUUUUUGUUCUCUCUUUUUUAUAUAUAUAUAUUAUAAAUAUAUAUAUACAGUAUAUCUUUGCUGGAUGAAAACUAUCAUAGGAAUGCUAUACAAACUGUUUUCCUUCUCAGUAUUUCAAUAUCGUCUUAGUACUGCUGUGUCGGUCCAUUAAGCUACUGCCAUGCUCCUUAUUUUGAUGUAAUGAUAAAUGAGGAAGAGGAGCGGUAAAGGUGAAGAACCAUACUAAAUGAAAUUGAACCCACAACGGCUGGCCUCAGUCUCUAUCCUUCAUUAGCCAUUCUGAGUUCAUGCUUAGACAAUGUGCAUCUAGACAACGUAGCUGUAAUAGACAUUGCACUUCCAGUGAUGUGAUUUGUCCGUUAUGCAUGACCAACGAUAGACUUUAGAAUCUUAUAAAUAAAACCUGUUUUAAAAAAAAGAAGAAAAAAAGAUCCAACAUGGCAGCAGCGAAACUGACAGCAUGCGUAAUCAAAGGACACAGUCCGGAUGUUUCAUAUUCCUUAAGAUCUGCAAUAGUGCCACAAUUUCCUGUUGAUACACAUUUAUGGACUGUGACCAUCGUUGUAAAAUAAUACAGAAGUGGUGAAUAAACAAAUGACACAGAGGAGGCUGUAGCACAAAAAUCUGUUUUCUAAAUGAAUGUGCAGUUCAUUUAAGAUGUUGAAUAAAUGCUGAAAAGCGGGGGCUGGUUUUCUGCUGUAUUAUAAGGUUUGAAUGCUCUUUAUGAUGAAAAAAACUGCAAUAUAAACCUAAGGCGCAUAUUUCUGAGAGACGAUACUUUUUUAAGAAGACUGUAUCUUGUUAGUUUACUCUCCCCAUGUGGUUUGUUACUUGGUUUUAAAAAACAGUUCCUUAACAAAAAAAUUGCAAACUCAAUUUUUUUGUUGCUUCUGUACUUAGAGCUAUGCACACCAAAUCGCUGAGAUGUUGAGUAGUUAGAGUAAGAAGAUGAAUACCUACCUUAAUGGAAUGAUUACCUAGGUUCAACUAUGAGAUUAAUGUCCUCGACGCAUGGAAUAUUAAGUCUCCUUCUGUUUCCUGUCAAUUUGUGAAGUGGUUGACAUUUUGUAGCUAGUUGAGAUGAUUAAAAAUAAUAAACCUUA